AUGAGAGAAAGAAUUGAUCACUGGGACAGUGAGAAGGAACGUUUGAUUUUCCUGACUGAACACAGCAUCAUUUGUUUGAAAUACGAUUUCAUUGCUCUUCGCCUGCUGGACUAUUGUCGAGUUUCUCUUAAACAGCUUGAUGGUGUCAUUACUGGGAAGAUUAAAUACCCUGAAAAUUCUUUCAUGCCGAAGAUAAACAAGGCAGUUGACUACCUGCGUGACAGAUUCAGUCAUCAUUUCCGAUCUUCGCUACAAGCUGAAAGCCAGGCAACUACAGAUAUGUUCAGUCAAAGAAACCAGAAUGGAGUAUGCUGUUUUUGGAAUUCAAGAGAACCAUUGCCCUUCUUGAAGAAGUGGAAUCCUUGGACUCGAAAUAUCCCCUGGAUUACCUUAACUUCGCAUCCUCUUGUUCAGCAAGAUGGUCACAGCAAGGCUAACUACGAUAUCGAUAACUUUUCUAAAACCUUGGUAGAGCUUCUGGACAAUAAGAAAACCUGUGAGAUAAAGUAUCAACCUGUGAUUAUUGAAAAUUACCUAGGCCUUGUCUCUGCUUUUCACAAUGCAAAUCAUUUUGGUUUCUUUAAGUCCCAUGGAAAAGUCAGUUUCUAAACACCUUAUUAAGCAUAGUUGUUUACCUCUAUACACUGUCAUGCACGUAGUUGCUGUGAUGUUCAAUAAGUGUAAGUGUCAAAAGUCUCACCUGUACCUGUUUUGGAAUUUCUAAUAGUGUACAUGCUUUUAUGAAAAGUCUCUAGCUUGAACUACCCAAGAUGUUUACAGUCCAUGUUUAUGUAUAUAGUAAAUUGUUAUUGUGAGAUGAUAAAAACUAUGAACAUUUUAAAUAUCUACUUUGCUACAAUGGAACCAAUAACUGCUCUAGGUUAAAUAUAGUACAAUGUUCACUUUAGGUAAGCAGUCAAGACUUGUACAGUGAUAGUUUCCUGUUAAACAAAUGUAUAUUACUUUGUUAGUUAGUUACUAUUUUGUUUAUUCACAUCAUUGCUCAAUAAAUAGAAGAGUUAAGGUUUACAAGUGAUGUUAUUUAAAGGUUUGUUGUUAAACCAAGAAGAUUAAAUGUUUUAACUGUUAAUGAUCUGAAGUUUGGUAAAUAAUAUAACUUAUUUAAAGAUUGGAAAAUAGAUAGUGAACAGAAAAUAUUUGUGAUCUGAGUUUUUGUGAUUGAAUACUGACUAGAAGGUAUUAUUGAUAAGAAAAAUAUUUUGAUGAAUAUAUUAGAAAUGUUAAUAAUCUAAGAUGUGAUCAAAGUAUAGAGGCUGGAGGGGGGGUCUGAGUUUGGUAUAAAUGUAUUAAACAGGAACAUCAGUUAUUUCAUAUGUGGUAAUAGUUUGGUGAAUAUAUUGAACAGGAACUUCAGUAAUCUCAGAUAUGGUAAAAGUUUGGCAACCAGGGGGAUUUGGUGGUCUGAGGCUUGGUGAAUACAUAUUGACCAGGAACAU